GCACUGGGAGGGCUGGAGACGUGCUUUGCAUUGGCAGACUGAUGAGGACACGUGUCUCCUCCUACUACCCCCCACCCCACCCCCCUGGGCUCCACGGUACCGCAUUGGCAUCAGUAAAGGCACCUGAAAACCUACAAGCUACUCCAGGAAACGCUGCCUGCACCCUAAAACCCCAAAAGAAAGCGAUAUUAUAGGCCUGGCAGAACCCCGUGGCGUGCCCUUUGUCGCGCGUAAAGCUUUUACGCACACCGCUGCACUACCUCCCAGUGAAAAGGUGCGCUACUCGUCGAGCGUCAGUGCGCGGUGCCAGGAUGCAGAGACGGAGCGGCGACGUCUGAAGGUGACAUGAACCUGGGGAUAACCGAGAGCAGCAGGCGCACACUGAACCAGAAGUGGAGAUAGCAACUGAAAAAACCGCCGGUGUCUUGAAACACAACUCUUUUUUCUCGAGGCUUUAUUUAAUGUAGAGAAUCCAGAGCUGCAACUCAAAGUAGCCUCAUAUUUUUACCGACCGAAUAAGGAGGAAAAACACCAAUUAAGCUGCAGAGUCGUUGAGAGGAGCAAAAAAAUGGCGACGUUAAUCAGAAGCAAGCUUUCUAAUAAACUGUCAAACGCAGCCACGACUGUGACCAACAAAUCCCAGGCGAAGGUGAGCGGCAUGUUCGCCAGGAUGGGGUUCCAGGCCGCCACCGACGAGGAGGGUCUCGGCUUCGCCGCCUGCGACGACCUGGACUACGACCACCGGCAGGGCAUGCAAAUGGACAUUAUGUCGUCCGAUGAGAUGGGAGGAGAGGCGAGCGGGGACGGGGGCGCGCUGGCCGGGGACAGCCACUACCAGAGAGACGGCACCGGUCCGGUGCUCUCAGGCUCCAAGGACGGAGGUUCGAAUAACGAGUUGUCCGAAGUCAGACCAAGAAUCACCUCGUGGGAGGCGGGCUGGAACGUCACGAAUGCAAUCCAGGGGAUGUUUGUCCUCGGGCUGCCCUACGCCAUCCUGCACGGAGGAUACCUCGGACUCUUUCUCAUUAUUUUCGCCGCCGUCGUGUGCUGUUACACGGGGAAAAUCCUCAUCUCCUGCCUGUACGAGGAGGACGAAGACGGGCAGCUCGUCCGCGUGAGGGACUCCUAUGUGGACAUUGCCAACGCCUGCUGCGCGCCCAGGUUCCCGUCGUUGGGUGGCCACGUCGUGAAUGUAGCCCAGAUCAUAGAGCUGGUGAUGACGUGCAUCCUGUACGUGGUGGUCAGCGGCAAUCUCAUGUACAACAGCUUCCCCAACAUGCCGAUUUCCCAGAAGUCGUGGGCCAUCAUCGCCACCGUCGCCCUGCUCCCCUGCGCCUUCCUCAAGAACCUGAAAGCCGUGUCCAAGUUCAGCUUGCUGUGCACGAUGGCCCACUUCGUCAUCAACGUCCUCGUGAUCGCGUACUGCCUCUCCAGGGCGCGCGACUGGGCCUGGGACAAGGUCAAGUUUUACAUCGACGUCAAGAAGUUCCCCAUCUCCAUUGGGAUUAUCGUGUUCAGCUACACGUCGCAGAUCUUCCUGCCGUCGCUGGAGGGGAACAUGGACAAACCGAGCGAGUUCCACUGCAUGAUGAACUGGACCCACAUCAGUGCCUGCAUCCUCAAGGGCCUGUUCGCCCUGGUGGCCUACUUGACCUGGGCCGACGCCACCAAGGAGGUCAUCACAGACAACCUGCCCCCGACCAUCCGCGCCGUCGUCAACCUCUUUCUCGUGGCCAAAGCUUUGCUGUCGUACCCGCUGCCGUUCUUCGCCGCCGUCGAGGUCUUGGAGAAGUCGUUUUUCCAGGACGGCGGACGCGCGUACUUUCCCGAUUGCUACGGCGGCGACGGACGCCUAAAAUCCUGGGGACUCACUCUCCGAUGUAGCCUUGUCGUGUUCACCUUGCUCAUGGCGAUCUACGUGCCACACUUCGCCCUGCUCAUGGGCCUCACCGGCAGCCUGACGGGCGCGGGCCUGUGCUUUCUGCUUCCCAGCCUCUUCCACCUCAAGCUUCUAUGGAGAAAGCUGCUGUGGCACCAGGUUUUCUUCGACGUCUCCAUCUUUGUAAUAGGAGGCAUAUGCAGCGUGUCCGGCUUCAUCCACUCGGUAGAGGGGCUCGUAGAGGCUUUCAAAUAUAACAUAGAAGAGUAGAUGCAGGUCAUUGCUGGAGCUAUAGAUGUAAACUGCAAAACCCCCAUUUUAGUGAGAAAAAAAUUAAAUAAUCUAUAAUAAUGAAACACACGACGUCCCCCGCAAACGCAGCCCCUCUGCUUAAUCCAUGCGUAAAGAGCGCACACCGGACACACGCGGAAACUUUCGCACUCAUACGGUCUUGCAUCACAUCAGAAAAAAAAUACGCGCGUACGUGUACACACACACACACACACACACACACACACACAAACACACAACACACACACACACACAGAGGAUAUGUAACGCAUCCACACAACACACUAUAUGGACACUACAUGUUGUAUAAAUAUGCGAACAAGAGUUACAUAUACACAUAUGUUCCAGUGGAGUGAACGUUUACAAUAUUGACCUUAAAACAAAAUGGCAAAAAAAGGGCAGUUCGUCUUUUCGUCGCUCUUGUGGUGCUUCCCCCCCACACGAGACUUCACUUCAUGUACAAACGCUCCCGUUUGUGACAGACGGUCAUUCGACGGUAUAAUGUGAUUCGCAGAUGAUUGAGAUGAGUUAAUUUAAAAAGAGAUAAAAAAACAAAACAAAAAACAAUGCCACUUUCUUCAAGGUAAUUUGCAAUACGAUUACACGAGUGUGGGUUUGAAUCCAGAAGAGGAGAAGUAACACGAAUGGCAAUAACCAGCAGUAUAGAAACACAAUAUAAGACGAUGUAUACAUUUAAAAAAAAAAAAAGAACAGUGGAGUUUCGUUAAUAAGUGAGGAAAUUGGACCUUUCCCCCCUCCCCCCGAGCAAUUACAAGACUGGAAAUGCAAAAACAUCAAAUAGUACACCGCAGCUAUACAAACUAUGCAUUGAAUGUAUGAUAUUUCAGAACAGUACACAAAACUUAAUGAAACCGGGAAGUGGACAUUUUUCAAAUCCUCCAAAUUUUGAUUCUUCUGUGUGAAAGUGUUAAUGCUUUGCCCCGCCCCCUAAAAAAAUUAUAUUUUAUCGGCGAUAACGAAUCUACUUCAGCCACUCUCAACACAUUGUGGUAGGACGACCCCUCCCUGGCCCAAAUCCGCCAGAUGGGGGCCCCAAGUGAUCGAAACCCUGCACACUGCAUUUUAAUUUUAGAGAAAGGCCUGUUCUCAAGUUCAUUUGAUAGACUCCUGUCUGGAAAAAAUUCGAUGUUUAAGAAAAUCUAAAUAACAAAAGAAGAGAUAAUUAAAGAGGAAAAUGUGCAUCCAGACAUUUUUCAUUCUGUGCAAUCCAAUGGGUCCUGUGGAAAUGUUAUAAAACCGUGUGUGUAGUGUGUCGUUGUGGUUUCAAAAAGAUGGAAUGUAUAUCUCAAAGUCGUUAUCUCAUAUAUCGUGAAAUUAAUAUUAAAGAAUAAAGAAAUAAGUGAAA